CCUCUACUCUCCCACUGUUCUCUCUCUCUCUCUCUCUCUCACUCUGACUAUUUUUUUUUUUUUUUUAAAAUUUUUGGUAGCUUAAAUUUUGAGUUAGAUCUACCAAAUACGCAAAGUCUGCGAAGCACAAUCGAACACCUACUGCCAUUAUAGUCCCGUUAAACCUCUUUUCCUUCUCUUUUUCUUCAAUUACAAACAAACAAAAACAAAAAAAGGAAGGCAAAACCACAAAGGCCAAGCGACUAAACCCUAGAUCUGAGAUGCUGCAACUCCGGCACCGGCGGGACUCGACUCCCGCCACCACGAAAUGGCUGAACAAGUUUGAUGAGAAUUUGGAGCAGUGGCCGCAUCUGAACGAGCUGGUGCAUUGCUACACGACGGACUGGGUGAAGGAUGAGAACAAGUACGGCCACUACGAGAGUAUCGGGACGGUGUCGUUUCCCAACCAGAUAUAUGAGGGCCCCGAUACUGACAUUGAGACUGAAAUGCGUCUUGCCAAUGCAAGGCGAUCCAAGGCAGAAGAUACUACUGAUGAUGACAUUCCGAGCACCUCAGGAAGGCAAUUUACGGAGGCGACUUCUGAGGCGUCUGUUCUGAAGCAUUUUGGUCCAUCUCCCCUCCCUGCUUAUGAACCAGCGUUUGAUUGGGAAAAUGAGAGGUUGAUGAUAUUUGGCCAAAGGAUUUCAGAAGCUCCUAUAUCACACGGAUUGAAGAUAUCUGUUAAAGUUCAGUCAUUAUCAUUUCAAGCGGGAUUAGUAGAGCCGUUUUAUGGUACAAUUUGCUUAUAUAAUAGGGAGAGAAGAGAAAAGUUGUCAGAGGAUUUCCAUUUUCAUGUGUUACCUACCGAAAUGCAGGAUGCUAAUGAACCACGGGGUAUCUUCUAUUUAGAUGCUCCAUCAGCAUCAGUUUGUCUGCUAAUCCAGUUAGAAAAGCAUGCCACGGAAGAAGGCGGGGUUACCUCUUCUGUUUAUUCACGUAAAGAACCGGUGCCCUUGAAUGACCGAGAAAAGCAGAAACUGCAGGUGUGGUCUCAAAUAAUGCCUUACAGAGAAUCCUUCUCGUGGGCUAUUGUUUCAUUAUUUGAUAACAGCAUUGGUGCAGCUUCUGGUGGGGCUGCUUCCCCAAGCAGCCCUCUUGCUCCUAGUGUGUCUGGGACAAGUUCCCAUGAGGGUGUCUUUGAGCCCAGUGCAAAGAUCACAUUAGAUGGGAAGCUGGGUUAUUCAAGUGGAAGUUCUAUUGUAGUCGAAAUAUCGAGCUUGAAUAAGGUUAAAGAGAGCUAUACUGAGGACUCACUGCAGGAUCCGAAACGGAAGGUUCAUAAACCUGUGAGGGGUAUUUUGAGACUGGAAAUCGAGAAGCACCAGAUUGGUCAUGCUGACUUGGAAAAUAUAUCAGAAAGUGGGAGUGUGACCAAUGACUUCGUUGAUCCGGGGGACCGCAUUGCUGAUUCUACAUUGAGAAAGUUAUCCAAUAAUGGUUCUGAUGGGCCUGAGAGUAGCUAUUUGAAGUGGAAUUUAUAUGAUGGGAAAGAAAUUUCUGGAAAUGGAUCGAAUGCCCAUGAAAAUCCUGAUUUUGGCGUUGAUGAUUUCCAAGCUUUUGACUUCCGCACAACAACAAGAAAUGAGCCUUUCCUGCAGCUUUUUCAUUGUCUAUAUGCAUAUCCCUUGACAGUUAGUUUAAGUCGGAAGAGAAAUUUGUUUAUUCGGGUCGAACUAAGAGAGGAUGAUGCUGAUGUUCGUAGACAGCCUUUAGAGGCCAUGUAUCCGAGGGAGCCAGGUGCUUCAUUUCAGAGGUGGGUUAACACACAAGUCGCUAUUGGGACUAGGGUGGCCUGUUACCAUGAUGAGAUCAAACUUUCCCUCCCUGCUAUAUGGACGCCAACACAUCACCUCUUAUUCACAUUCUUCCAUAUUGAUCUUCAGACAAAACUAGAAGCUCCAAAGCCUGUGGUAGUUGGAUACGCGUCACUUCCAUUAUCUACACAUGCUCAGUUGCGAUCUGAAAUUUCUUUGCCAAUUAUGAGAGAGCUGGUUCCACAUUAUCUCCAGGACACGGGAAGGGAGAGGGUGGAUUAUCUGGAAGAUGGGAAAAAUGUCUUUAAACUGCGGUUAAGACUCUGUUCGUCUUUAUACCCUGUCAAUGAGCGCAUUAGGGACUUUUUUCUAGAAUAUGACAGGCACACUCUGCGAACAAGCCCACCUUGGGGUUCUGAACUUCUGGAGGCUAUUAAUAGUUUGAAGAAUGUUGAUUCCACGGCUUUGCUCCAGUUUCUUCAUCCAAUUUUGAAUAUGCUUCUCCAUCUGAUAGGCAAUGGUGGAGAAACACUCCAGGUUGCGGCAUUCAGAGCCAUGGUUAAUAUUGUCACUCGGGUGCAGCAGGAGUCGGUUGAUGAUGCUGAAAGAAACCAUUUUUUAGUUAACUAUGUUGAUUAUGCUUUUGAUGAUUUUGGGGGUCGUCAACCACCAGUAUAUCCUGGUUUGUCCACUGUAUGGGGAAGCUUGGCUCGAAGUAAGGCUAAAGGCUACCGUGUGGGACCAGUGUAUGAUGAUGUUUUGGCAAUGGCUUGGUUUUUCCUUGAGCUUAUUGUCAAGUCAAUAGCAUUGGAGAAAACUCGUCUUUUCUAUCAUAGUCUUCCCACAGAUGAAGACAUCCCACCAAUGCAAUUGAAAGAAGCAGUUUUUCGAUGUAUUAUGCAGUUGUAUGAUUGCCUUCUAACAGAAGUGCAUGAGCGCUGUAAGAAGGGGUUGAGUUUGGCGAAACGUUUGAAUAGCAGUUUGGCCUUCUUGUGUUAUGAUCUUUUGUCCAUCGUUGAACCUCGUCAAGUUUUUGAAUUGGUGUCCUUGUACCUGGACAAGUUUUCUGGGGUGUGUCAAUCGGUACUCCAUGACUGCAAGCUUACAUUUUUGCAGAUUAUAUGUGAUCAGGACCUUUUUGUGGAAAUGCCUGGGAGAGACCCUUCAGAUAGGAACUACCUUUCAUCUGUCUUGAUACAGGAGCUUUUCCUUACUUGGGAUCAUGACGAUUUAUCUCUGCGGGCAAAGGCGGCUAGAAUCUUGGUAGUCCUUUUGUGCAAGCAUGAGUUUGAUGCUCGAUACCAAAAACCUGAAGAUAAGCUAUAUAUUGCCCAGCUGUAUCUUCCACUUAUUGGACAGAUCCUAGAUGAAAUGCCUGUCUUUUACAACCUAAAUGCUGUUGAAAAGCGUGAAGUUUUAAUUGUUAUUUUGGAAAUUGUGCGCAAUCUUGAUGAUGCAUCACUUGUCAAAGCAUGGCAGCAAAGCAUCGCUCGGACUAGAUUAUUUUUCAAACUUAUGGAGGAAAGCUUAGUUCUUUUUGAGCAUAGAAAACCUGCUGAUGGCAUGCUUAUGGGCUCUAGUUCUCGUAGCCCUGUUGGGGAUGGACCUGCUUCCCCCAAGUACUCUGAAAGACUCUCUCCUGCAGUUAACAACUACCUGUCUGAGGCAUCAAGACAAGAAGUCAGACCUCAGGGAACACCUGACAAUGGUUAUUUAUGGCAGAGAGUGAACUCCCAAUUAAGCUCCCCUACCCAGCCAUAUUCCUUGAGAGAAGCUCUGGCUCAGGCACAGUCUUCUAGGAUUGGAGCUUCUGCACAAGCACUUAGAGAAUCCUUGCACCCGAUAUUGAGACAAAAAUUGGAGCUUUGGGAAGAAAACUUGAGUGCUGCUGUCAGUCUUCAGGUUUUGGAGAUAACAGAGAAAUUUUCCGUGAUGGCAGCAUCCCAUAGCAUCUCUACUGACUAUGGAAAACUUGAUUGCAUCACAGCUAUAUUUAUGAGUUUCUUCUCUCGAAAUCAACCUCUGGCUUUCUGGAAAGCUUUGUUCCCUGUCUUCAAUGGUGUAUUUGAUCUUCAUGGAGUAACUCUAAUGGCAAGGGAGAAUGAUCGUUUCUUAAAGCAAAUAACUUUCCAUUUACUUCGACUUGCAGUUUUCCGAAAUGAAAGCAUCAGGAGAAGGGCUGUAAUUGGGCUGCAGAUACUUAUGAAGAGUUCCUUCUAUUACUUCAUGCAAACAGCAAGGUUAAGGGUCAUGUUGAUUAUCACGUUAUCAGAGCUGAUGUCUGAUGUGCAAGUGACUCAGAUGAAGUCUGAUGGAACGCUAGAAGAGAGUGGUGAAGCACGGCGUUUUAGAAAAUCUUUGGAGGAAAUGGCAGAUGAAUCUAAAAGCCCCAACCUAUUGAGGGAGUGUGGACUUCCUGAGAGUGCUCUGAUGACUAUUCCAGAAAGAUUGUCAGAGAACAAGUGGUCUUGGUCAAAUGUCAAAUAUCUCUCCGAUGGUCUUCUUCUAGCCCUUGAUUCCAGCUUGGAGCAUGCACUGUUAGCCUCUGUAAUGACUAUGGAUAGAUAUGCAGCUGCAGAAAGUUUCUACAAACUUGCAAUGGCAUUUGCGCCUGUCCCAGAUCUUCACAUAAUGUGGUUGCUGCAUUUAUGUGAUGCUCAUCAGGAAAUGCAGUCAUGGGCUGAAGCUGCCCAGUGUGCCGUGGCUGUUGCUGGUGUUGUAAUGCAGGCCCUUGUAGCUAGAAAUGAUGGUGUUUGGAGCAAGGAUCAUGUGACUGCUCUUCGGAAAAUUUGUCCAAUGGUGAGCAGUGAGAUCACAUCUGAGGCAUCCGCAGCCGAGGUAGAGGGAUAUGGGGCUUCAAAACUCACAGUUGACUCUGCAGUGAAGUACCUGCAGCUUGCUAAUAAGCUUUUCUCUCAAGCUGAGCUCUAUCAUUUCUGUGCCAGCAUUCUGGAACUUGUAAUUCCUGUUUAUAAAAGCAGGAGGGCUUAUGGACAGCUGGCUAAAUGUCACACAUUACUCACUAAUAUCUAUGAAUCAAUCCUUGAGCAGGAAUCGAGCCCAAUUCCUUUCACUGAUGCCACAUACUAUCGUGUAGGAUUCUAUGGUGAUAGAUUUGGAAAGCUUGACAGAAAGGAGUAUGUAUACCGAGAGCCCCGUGAUGUACGGCUAGGUGACAUAAUGGAGAAACUAAGUCAUACAUAUGAGUCUAGAAUGGAUGGCAAUCACACUUUACACAUUAUUCCAGAUUCUAGACAAGUGAAGGCAGAUGAGUUACAGGCUGGAGUAUGCUACCUGCAGAUAACUGCUGUUGAUCCAGUAAUGGAAGAUGAGGACUUGGGAAGCAGAAGGGAGAGGAUCUUUUCUCUUUCUACCGGCAGUGUCCGUGCACGUGUCUUUGACCGCUUUUUGUUCGAUACCCCCUUUACGAAGAAUGGCAAGACCCAGGGUGGAUUGGAAGACCAAUGGAAGAGGCGAACUGUGCUUCAGACUGAGGGCUCCUUCCCUGCCCUUGUGAAUAGGCUCUUAGUAAUUAAAUCCGAAUCUCUUGAGUUCUCCCCAGUAGAGAAUGCAAUUGGAAUGAUUGAAACUCGGACAGCUGCACUAAGAAAUGAGCUUGAAGAGCCUCGCAGUUCCGAUGGGGAUCAACUUCCACGUCUCCAGAGUCUACAGAGAAUUCUUCAAGGCAGUGUUGCUGUUCAAGUGAACAGUGGAGUCCUAAGUGUGUGCACAGCCUUCCUGUCUGGGGAACCAGCUACAAGGCUGCGUUCACAGGAACUGCAGCAACUCAUCGCUGCACUCCUCGAAUUCAUGGCGGUUUGCAAGCGUGCCAUUCGGGUACACUUUAGAUUGAUUGGAGAGGAGGAUCAGGAUUUCCACACACAGCUUGUGAAUGGAUUUCAGUCCCUCACUGCAGAGUUAUCUCACUACAUUCCUGCCAUUCUCUCAGAGCUCUGACUGUUGUAGCACUAUUUGUUUGUUGCCGCUUCGAUUUGUUCAUAUUAUUUCUUUCCUUUGUUUUUUCGUUGACGGGCAAAUAUUUUUCUCGUCAUGUGUAUACUAUUCAAGCAGGUGAUGUUCAGGAAACCGAGAAGUUUACUCGUC